AUGGCUACCAACCUUUCAUUGCUGUUGGGAGCAGCUUUUCUGCUCAGUUCGGUCUUCCUGCUGAUCAAGCGGGGAAGGCGCAACAUCAUCAUACAACGGCUUCGUAGCGGCGGACGAAGGGUAUCAGGCGCAAAGACUCCUCCAAGGUCUUUUUCUCCAGAGAAGAGGGCAGCGUCCAUUUCCCCGAUUGAUCACGCCAGCACUUUCCCACCAUCACGACGAGGCGCCUUGGUUGACGCGAAGACAGAAAAGAUCGAAGACCUGUCGCCAGACUGGCAGAAGAAUGUCUUACCGAUGGAAGCAUCAUAUCUGGAUGCUGAUGACUCUACGUAUCUCCCAUGUGGCUUUUCUGUAAAGGAGAUCAGAGCCCUCGGUGAUUUCCCAGACUACGCUACACUCAGCGGCGUACCUCUACCGGACCCGUACCCAGAAUUCGACAUCAAAAAGGCACUGCCUCGGCCAUAUAGACCGUUUCGCUGGUCUUACCAUCAAACCAUGUCAAUCACCAAGCUGCAACCUGACUGGUGGAUCGAGCUCGAGAACACAUACGAAGAGCGAAUUAGGCAACGGCAAUCUCUAUUCGCAAAGCACGGCGAAGCAGUCCUCCAAGCUCUACCAGGCUCGGAGCUUGCUUGCAAAGAACUCAUGGAGAUGGUACUGCAAUUCGUGUGCGCCAGGUACCCACAUUGCUUCCACUUGUCGGCGAACAACAAGACAUUUCACAAUGGCAUAUUGAAUACAGACACCGAUCUCACCACCACGCCACCCUUGCACGUUCUCCUGAACAACAUCCCCGAAGACUUCGCCAUCAUGCUACGAAACGAGAAGACAGGACUCUACGUAUUUCGAGCAGGCAUCAUAUGCAGUGCGCUAGGUUGGAACGUAGGCUCGAAGAUCGGUCUCGAACUUGCCGAUAUACACAAACCCAUUCCAGACUACAAGGAAAAGAUGCAGUUCUCCAUGGACAGAUACUUCGCCAAAAAGCCGACAGACAAACCCAUCCAACGCGGCUCCUGGGGCCUAGAAAUCGACACACCCCUCUACAUGCCCCCCGGUGACCCCCACGAGGCCGUCCGCAAGCAACAACUUCCCGCCUCUGAACUCCCUGUAUCCCGCAUCCACCUCCGCGUAGACUGGCAGACGUUGCGCAGACUCCCACUGUCAGGUGCCGUCGUGUUCAACUUCAAAGCGCUGUUUACCCCGAUCGAGGAGUUUAGAGAGGAGAAAUGUGUGCCAGGGUUAUUGCUCAAGGUGCUGAAUGAGGGCAAGAAGGAGUUGAUGGAGUAUAAGGGAACGUGGCAUGUUGAGCAUGUUGUCAAGCCGAAGUUGGAGGAGUGGCACAGAGAACAGGUUGAGAAGGGGUUGGUGAGUGAGGACUGGGAACCCCAGACUCUAGAUGAGAGUCCUUGGUUCGAGGGUUGGGAGGGGAAGUGGAGGGAGAGGCAGGGAUUUUGA